AUUUAUUUGGUUCACAUCAAAAAUGCUUAACUAAGCCUUUCUCUUUGCAGUAGUUGAGGAACGCUUCCACAAAAUCUAUCAAGGGAAUGUUCAUGUCUUGGAAUCAAUUCAAUACUUUAAAUUAAAGAACAUUCGAACUAUAAUUGUUGUUGGAGAAUAAAAUCAUACUAAAUUUACAGAGUAUGCUACCUAUCAUGUACUAUUGAUAAAAUGACUUAGAGAGUAGAUGAAAACAUUGGAGAAGCAAUAGACAUAUUUGAAAAGACUUGUCAACUUAUUUAAAACGAAAUUAAACGUUCUUCUGUAUUAGUAUGUUGUUAGAAUGGAUUAAAUUGGAGUACAGCCAUAUUAAUAGCAUAUCUAAUAAACACCAAAAAGUGGUAAUAUGAAAAGGCUUUCUAUCACUUAAAAUCUUUGAAAUAUGUAGUAAAUCCAUCCUUAGCACUAAAAAAAUAAUUAAUUUUAUUCAAUACAAAAGUUCACAAUGUGAAGAAUUUUAAUAACUAAGAAAACAAUAUAAAUUAAUCUAAUCUAAUUGUUCCAUCUAAAUUCUAAUAAAGAAUAAUUGAGCAAAAUUAAAAGCUUUAAUAUUUGGAUGAUUCUAUAUAAUCUCGAGAGGAAAGAAAUUCAACAAGUUCAAAUUAAUGUGAUAAGACUCCUAUGUUUUAUUCCCCAAAAAACAAUAAUAAUAACGCUAAUAAUAGUAAUAGUAAUAGUAAAAAGAAAAUAGUUGGUGUAUAAUCAGAUACAAAAAUAAUGAAAAAAUAGAGUAUAACAAAAUUAGUAAGACAUAUUAGAAAUUAUACAUUCUAGAUGGAUGAUGGAAAUAUUAUUAAUAAUAACAAUAAUAAUAUUAAUAAUAAUUGUAAUAAUAAUAAUAAUAAUGUUAAUAUUAUUAAACAGAAUGCCAAUAAUUUUAUUAAUUAACCUCUAAUAACAAAUUCCCCAAAAUUUAAAGAUGAAGAAUCACCUAUUGUUAAAAAGCCUAUAAGAAGAAGAUAUGCGCAUAGAACUAAAAGUGCUAUUAAUGGAUGA